UUGGAGAAAAUGUUCCAGGAAGAUGAUAAUGCUUUCGGGGGGAAAUGGAACCGAGGGAAGUUUAUACGCAUUGUGUGGUUUAUACUUCUUGUGGGACGGACAAUGUUGGUGGCUGGAGCAUUGACUGGAUCAUUAAUCAAAGAGCUUCGUGAUUAUGGCAACGCAAACAAAUGGAUUAUGGGUGGUGUUGCAAUUGCCUUAUGGAUUGCUGCUUGUCCAGUAUAUGUGAUCCUGAUGUGCUAUGAAUCCUUGCGGUACAACACACCGAUAAGUUUUCUGCUAAUAAUAUCAAUAUGGACCAUGUGGAGUGGUGCAGUGUUAUGCAUUGCAACAAUAGAAGAAGACAUGUUUUGGUUGCCAAGUCUAACAAUAGCCAUCGUGACGACAAUUAUAAGCGGUGCCUGCUUUUUCACAUUUCUGCUGGAUGUUGGCAACUGGUUCAUGCAUAUCUUAAAUAUCCUUAUCAAUGGAUGCAUAUUGAUAGCUGUCUUGAUGCAUUUUUAUCUCAGUGAGAAAACCGCGCUCAUUCAUCUCAUCCUUACACCAAUUUUGUAUGUUAUGUUCAGUGUGGCGUGUGCUCUACAAACAAUUCACUUAUUACAAAACACCAACGACCUGGAACUGCAAAAGAACGAUUAUUUACUAGGAUUGGUCCUGCUUGAAACCUAUGCUGGUUCCUGUAGAAAAUGCUGUCAAACAGAAUAAUAACAAUGAAUGCACAAAUUUUAUUUCGUAAGCAACAUCUUUCAUAAACAUCCCGCGUUUUGACAUCACAUCUCACAUUUAAUACGUACAUUGAUAUAAAUAUUGUUUUGUAUCAUCUUUAUACCUAAUUUUUAUAGUAAUAAUAACCGCAUAGUAGA